CGGCACCCAGCGUCUCGCGGGCGAAACUGCGGUGAUUCCACGUCCGGAAGUCGAUCAGGCAGGAUGGAGCGCGACACCAAGCACACUUCCUGUAAUUGCCUGGAUUUUAACAAAAUGGCCAAGGUGAAGAAAGUGGUGGACGAAGCACGGGAGCAAAACAACCCCGAGCUCGACCUCGUCGACCGAGGAAUCACCUCCAUCGAAGAGAUACCCGGAUUGUUCUCUCUGCCGAAUUUGACGAGGUUGACAUUGAGCCACAACAAAAUCAGAGUUGUUCCUGCUAGCAUAGCAAACUUGUACAACUUGGAAAUCCUGACGCUAUGCAACAACCAAAUUGUGGAGUUGCCCUCUUCGAUCUCUACCAUGCCAAAACUGAAGAUCCUGAACUUAGCCAUAAACCGGCUCAGCAGCCUGCCUCGAGGGUUUGGUGCCUUCCCCGUGCUCGAGGUACUCGACCUCACGUACAACAACCUGAACGAGCAGUCCCUGUCCAACAACUUUUUCAUAAUGGGUAAAUACCUGCGAGCCUUGUACUUAGGUGACAACGAGUUUGAGAAGCUUCCUCCAGCCAUUGGACAACUCAAGAAUUUGCAAAUUGUAAGUAUCUUUUGA